CUGUGUGAGGCGCUAUCUUCAGCUCCAAGAGACAGACAGUCCAAGCUCGGAUUCCGAGAAGCCUGGGUGACGCAUGGCUUUCGCUUACAGCCUGCUAAAAGCAUUCAUGCGCAUGCGAACGAAGAAACACAUACUUACCAGGCGCAAUGUAAAAUCGCGGAUUUCUCCAUGGAGGAACGUGAACCAAUGGCAGCGGCGCAGUGA